CUCUAUAACUGUAACAUUUGAAGAGAUAAACAUUCUUUUUGCAAGUGAGACUUGACAACUAGUUUUUACUCAGAGUAAAGGUUUCUAGUUCUCGUUGAUGGUAAAUACAGUUACAACAUUAUGAAAAGUUUGGCUAAUGUGGUUGGAGGAAAGACGGCGAGGGCAUGCGACAGCUGCGUGAAGAGGCGGGCGCGUUGGUAUUGCGCAGCUGACGAUGCUUUCCUUUGCCAUUCUUGUGACGGUAAGGUCCACUCAGCGAACCCUCUUGCCCGCAGGCACGAAAGGGUUCGCUUGAAAUCGGCUAGCCCCGGACACUCCUCCUCCUCACCACCUCAUCCACCCACAUGGCAUCAGGGCUUUACACGUAAAUCUCGGACACGACGGGGGGGCAAGAAGAGCCACGCGAUGGUUUUCCAUGAUCUUGUGCCGGAGAUGAGCUCGGAGGAUCAAAGCUUUGAGGUGGAAGAGCAGCUCAUCUUUGAGGUGCCGGUGCUGAACCCAAUGGGUGAUGAGCAACGCCUAAACGAACCUAUGGAGACAAAGAUCGAGUUCCCUUUGAUGUCCAUAUGUUUCAAGAGCAGCGAGGAAGAAGAUGAUAACGCGGAAAGUUGUCUGAAUGGUUUAUUCCCGACCGACAUAGAACUGGCUCAGUUCUCAGCUGAUGUGGAGAUUCUUCUCGGUGGAGGGGCAGAUAGAGAAUUUCAUGCCAUGGAUGAGCUAGGGUUAGGUGAGAUGCUCAAGAUCGACAAAGAGGAGGUGGAGGAAGAAGAAGAAGUAGCGACAGUAAAAGUGUGUGAUCUAGAUGACGCUGAUGAGACUACACCAUUUGAAAUAAGCUUUGAAUAUGAAUACUCACAAAGAACGACAUUCGAAGAAAAAGAUGAGAAAGAAGAUGUGGAGAAGAAUAUGAUAGACGUGGGAUCAGUGAAUGAGAUAAGUGGUUCGAUUAAGGAAGAAAAUAAUGAGAAGAUUCACAUGCUUAGAUUGGACUACGAGUCAGUGAUUUCCACUUGGGGAGGUCAAGGAACACCAUGGACUGCCCACGAGCCACCUCAAAUAGACCUCAACAUGCUCUGUUGCCCAACUGAUUCCAUGGUUGAAAGUGGAGGAGAGGAUCAUCAUCACAAGUACUUUCGCGGCCUAGGGUUACACAUGGGAGAUGCUGGUAGUGGAGGAAGAGAAGCCAGAGUUUCAAGAUACCGAGAGAAAAGAAGGACAAGGUUGUUCUCCAAGAAGAUAAGAUAUGAGGUACGUAAAUUGAAUGCUGAGAAAAGGCCUCGAAUGAAAGGAAGGUUCGUGAAGAGAUCUUCAAUUGCUGCUGCUCACUAAGAACUUUAUUGAUUAAUUAUAGAUUUCACUCUGCGUCCUUCUUACUUCUUUGUUGUUUUAUUUUACUGCAAUGCUUGAAAAUUUUGCACGUUUUGUGAGCCAUGUAUGUAGUACAGUAUAUUUUAUAUAUAUGGCACCAAAAAAAUUGAUUACCUUGUAAGGACUGGUUUUUAUAACUAAUAAACGUGAAUUUCGAUGGCCA